AAACCAAAGACUACGGAAGCGCGCUCGGUUUAAGCAUUCAAACUGAAGCUAAUCAUCCAUUUGACUGCAUCAGAUAAAUACGCAACUUAAGCGGUGAAUCGGUAACAUUAGUUGCACUAAAACUGCAACGACGAAAGAGUGUGAAAAUGUUUGCAAGAACCAAUGCACAGUACGUGGAGGAAGAAGACCAUAGUCGUCGACGACUAGAAGAUCUUUGGCUGCAGCCAUAUGUUGUGUUACGCAGGGUUGACAUUCGUGAAGCUAUUCGUCCUAAGCAUCAGGAGCCAGAGUGGACGUGCAUCAAAGAGGAAGAUGUGGGCAAAGAGGUCGACCACAUGAAUGAACAAAUGGUGCAGAAGAUUCUUUGCACUGUAAAAGAGGAGGAAGAGCCAGAGCGGGCUCGUAUUAAAGAGGAAGAUGUGGGCAAAGAGGUCCACCACUUAAAUGAACAAAUGGUGCCCACGUUACUUUGCACCAUAAAAGAGGAGGAAGAGCCGGAGCGGCCUUGUAUUAAAGAGGAGGGAGAAGACUCCUGCAACAUUAAAGAGGAGGAGGAGGAUACCUUCAGGAUGCCAUCGACUGAUGUUACUGUGAAGAGUUUAGAUGAGGGUCAACAUGAGGUGAUCAAAGGGGUGGUGCCGCCAAGCUGCACCUCAAGUCAACAAAUGACCAGAGAAAGUGAUGGAGACCACUGUGGAGGAUCACAAGUAGCUCCACCAUCAGAUAGUAAUGACGUCACGAAAAACUAUUCCUGCUCAGAUUGUGGCCAAAAUUUCUCUCGGCGGGAACAUUUAAAAAUGCACACAAGAACCCACACUGGUGAGAAACCCUUUUCAUGCUCAGUUUGUGGGAAAAGAUUUGCUCAAAGUGGAAGUUUAAAAACGCACACGAGAACCCACACGGGUGAGAAACCUUUUUCAUGCUCAGAUUGUGGCCAAAAAUUCACUCGAAGUGGUCGUUUAAAAUUUCACGCAAGUGUCCACACUGGUGAGAAACCUUUUUUAUGCUCAGUUUGUGGCCGAUUAUUCGCUCGGAAGGAAUACUUGAAAAAGCACACAAGAAUUCACACCGGCGAGAAACCUUUUUCAUGCUCAGUUUGUGGGCAAAGAUUCGCUGACAGGGGACAUUUGAAAUCACACUCAAGAAUCCACACUGGAGAGAAACCUUUUUCAUGCUCAGUUUGUGGCCAAAGAUUCCGUCGGAAGGAAACCUUAAAAAGGCACACGAGAACCCAUACUGGCGAGAAACCUUUUUCAUGCUCAGAUUGUGGCCAAAAAUUUGCUCGAAGGGAUCAUUUAGAAUUUCACACAAGUAGCCACAUUGUUGAGAAACCUUUUUCAUGCUGAAUUUGUGGCCAAACAUUCUCUCAGGUGGGACAUUUAACAACACACGCAAAAAUUCACACUGGAGAGACCUUUUUCAUGCUCUGUGGCCAAAUAUGUCAGAGCGUGGACAUUUAAAAAGGCACACAAGAAUCCACACUGGUGAGAAACAUUUUCCAUGCUCAGUUUGUGGCCAAAAAUGGUCUCGGAGGGGAACUCAUUACACUUCAUACAAGAUUUGUAGCAAAGCAAAGAUUAAAAAGUCAUAAGAACUGAACUCUUUUCCUUCACCACAGUGAGAAGUUCAUAUUUUCGUCGUAAUAAAUUUGACGAGUUAACCGGCGCCGGGAUGAUAAUAGUUUUGUAAUUUUCAUUCUACUUGAUGUUUAUUUUGUUUUUAGUUGUGGAUUUUAACUGUAAUUCCUUUCAGGGCAAGUUGCUUAGUUUCUAUGAGUGUUUAGGGUUUUGUUAACCUUUUUAUGUUCAGGUUUUUGCCCCCAUAUUUUGCAGUGAAAAUACAUGAAGCAAUUUGUGUAGAAAUGCUGAAUGAAAAAAUGAAAUAAAAUGUGAAUUAUUCAGAAUGUACGUGUGGGGUACUAUAUUAAGAAGCAGACCGAGGCACUGACAAUUCUUCACAGAUGACAACUUUUUGCCAAUGUUGUGAAUUUUUAUUCUGGUAUCAUGCAAUGUAUAUUUCACUAGUAAGCCUAAGUGUGACCGGGUCAUGUUCGGGUCAGCUUCGUGCGGGAUUGUUUGGGGCUUGGUCCAGGAAUGUAGGCUCAUUGGCACCAGACACAUCUGGUUUCCAUUAACAACUGCUAAGAUAUGCACCGUGUAGAGUUAGGGAGGCUGACUGGGGGGCCAUAGAUCAUCCAACAGCCCCGUGUGUGCGGGGGUGUAAGUUUUAGGGCGAGAGUAGACAAAUGGACUCGACAUCUUGGCUAGGGGGCGAGACACUUCUCUCUGACAUGGGUUGAAUAAAAUCUUUCCCCAAUCA